CUGUCAGCUCUGCACGAAUGUCUGACUGCUGCAACCUUCAUUAAAUACAGGGGAAAGGGCUCGAGGUGGCGCGUUACUUGCAAAUAUUGUGCCGUUGCAGUUGUACAUCUGAGAAGCUGCUGUGAUAGUCCAUCACCCGACAGACAUCUAACAUAUGUGAAUUAUAAGGAAAGACGAGGAGUGUUUGACAGUAAACAAAGAAGGAUGUCGUUAAAAGUGAAACCAAUCACCAUUGAGGAGGAGUACGAGAAGAAUCCGGAUAUAACAGCGGAGGAUGUUCACACCAUGCGAGCGUGGCUCGAUGCUCAGCCUCACCUGCCUGCGCACCUCAUCACAGAUGUGCAGCUGUUGAUUGCGCUGCACUGCUGUGGACGUAGCGGCCAGGUGGCGCGGCGAGUGCUGGACCUCCACUUCACGCUCCGCACCAUGUUCACGAGCCUGUUCCAGGAGCGAGGCCUGGAUCGCCGCAUCAGUCAAGCGCUCGAAACAGUGCUUGCGACACCACUGGCGGAGCGGUCGCGGGCUGGGUCUGCAGUCAUGUACUGCCGCCUGCUGAACCCUGAUCCAGCGCGAUUUGUGCUCAGCGACGCAGCGCGCCUGUUCUUCAUGGUGUUUGACCUGUGGCAGUACCACGAGGGAACCUGGCCUGGAUUCGUGAUAAUCAUCGACAUGGACUCAACUUGCAUCGGCCACAUCAUGAGGCUGGACAUCGCGACGAUCCGCCAGAUCCUAUACUUCGUACAGGAGUGCAUGUUGGUGAGACUCAAAGAAGUCCAUUUCAUCAACGCUCCCAGCUUCAUGGACAAGCUGAUGAUGUUGCUGAAGCCGUUUUUGAAGAAGUUCCUACUCGAUAUGAUCCAUAUCCACCAGAGAGACUCCGACACUUUCUACCAGUUCGUCAACAAGUCUGCCCUACUUAAAGAAGACGGGGGACAAUAUAAGGGUAGAGAUAUACUGAGAGAGGAACAGCGGCGUCGUAUAGAGGAUAAUCUUGAAUACUACGCACAUGAGAAUCGGCAGCGCGUGGUGGAAGCUGCGCGACCCGGGGGUCAAGGCUCCUUACCGCUGCCCGACCACUUGUUUGGAACCGAAGGCUCCUUCAAGAAACUGGACAUCGACUAGUGGCAACAUAACAAUUUUAAGUCAACUCUAACACUUCUUGGAGAAUACCGGUUACUUCUUUCUACCAUAUUAGAAAAUAAAUAUAU